AUGAAGUUCCUCCCCCUUCUCACUGCAGCGCUGGUCUCCUCUAUUGCCGCUUUGGCGUCGCCUCUUGAGGUCAGACAGGCCAGUACAGCCAGCAGCGCUGCCUCUUCUUCGACCUCUUCUGCGGCCUCUUCUACCGGCAACUCCUCCUCCUCCUCCUCGAGCCUUGCUUCUACCACGGCGUCGGCUCCUGCUGCUCCCGCCACAUCAUCGAGCGGAUCUGGUUCGAGCAACUCUACCAUCGUCAGCAGUUACAACUCGACCCUAUCGUACAACAGCACUGCUACCGCCAAUGAUAGCUCUGUCUACGGCGUUGGUGCUGCUGGCUUUGCCAACGUCUUCAAGUCCAAAAACCCACUCAACAUUGUCCUCACCAACGAUGACAGCUGGGCCUCUGCCAACGUCCGUGCGUUCUACUAUGCUCUUCGCCGCGCUGGUCACCGUGUGCUGAUGGUCUCGCCUGAGCGCAACCAGUCUGGCAAGGGCGGUACCGUCGUUCUUCCCACUGAGCGUAACCUCACCUCGCCUGGCCGUGGCGGCUUCGUCCCCGUCGGCUCUCCAUACGCCGGUCUCAACGUCAGUGACCCGGGUCUGCGCUACUUCAACGGCACUCCUGCUGCCUGUGCUGGUUGGGCUCUUGACCACGAUGCUCCUUACUUCUUCAACGCCAGCCGCAACGACAGCACUGGCGGUGUCGACCUUGUCGUCAGCGGUCCCAACGAAGGCACCAAUCUCGGUCCCUUCCUCUACACUCUCAGCGGUACCAUUGGUGCUUCUUACUUUUCUGUCGAGCGCAACGUCCCCUCGAUCGCCUUCAGUGCUUCGUCUGACGUUCGCAACUACGAUACCCUCAACUUCUCGAACCCCGACGAUGAGUCGAUCAAGCUCGGCACAUAUUCCGCCAACUUUGUCACGACCGUUUCGGACGAGGCCAAGAAGUCCAACUCGAGUGCUCGCAUCCUUCCUCUCGGCAUUGGUCUCACUGUCAACUACCCCGAGAUCGCACCCACUGGCAACUGCAGCAAUCUCACCUGGGUCCACACUCGUCUCACUGGUAAGGCUGUUGUUGACCGUUUCGUUGUUAACGCUACCACUGGUUUGCCCACUUACGCUAAUUACGUGAGUGACGGUGUUAACGCUUGCAUCUCGGGUGAUUGCUCUCUUCCCGGCGAGACCGAUGUUGUCGAGAACGGCCAGUGCCAGGCUUCGGCUUCGAUCUACUCGGUCGAUUAUGAUGCUCCCACCAACGCCACUGCCGACGUCGUCUCUGCUCUCACUUCGGGCAUUUCUUCGCUUAACGGGGGCAACUCGACUUCGCCGUCGAGCUCGAACCAGACUGCCUCGAAGUAUAUUUGA